AUGACGCGCGAGUGGGGGGACAACGCUGGCCGGCCCAAGCGCGGCCUGGACGACCGCCGUGCCCCGUCACGCUCGUCACCCGAGGGACUUCGCCGGGAGGCGGACCUGCGCCGCGAGCUCGACUCCAGGGCCCCGCGCCGCUCUCCUCCCCGCGAAGCUCGGCUCUCCCCCAGUCAUGACAGACGCCGCUCGCCGGCCAGAGACGGCCGCCGCUCCCCGCCCCGCGAUGACCGCCGGGACCGUCCCCGGUCGCCCGUGGUGGAGGCGCGGCAAUCUGACCGGCGGCGGUCCCCAUCCCCGGAGCGGCACCGGGCCCGUUCUCCGUCCCUGUCCCCUACCCGUGACCAGCCCCCGUGCUUCAACUACGGGAUCGCGGGCCACUACCAAGUGGAGUGCACCAACCUUCCGAUGUGCUACCUCUGCAAGGAUACUGGACACCCGGCAGCCUUGUGCCCGGAUCGUCCGUUGACUGAUGAGCUCAUGAUGUACGGCCAUGGCAUCGAGGGCCUCAGGUUCUUCCACAUCGAGGUGGACGAUCUACCACCCCCCUCCCCAUCGCUCCAGGCGAUCGUCACCGUCGUGGGGGUGGGUGUUGCUUCUUCGGAGAUGAUCGAGGCCAAGCUCAACCACCUGUGCCGGCGUGUGUGGGACUGGCAGGUGACUCCGACCUCUGCCAGCUCUUUCACCGUGGUCUUUCCUGACGCCAUCAGCCUGGGCCUCUGCACCCGCAGCGACGACAUCACCUUGGCCCUGAACAAGCUUGUGGUCAACAUCUCUGAGCCUAAGGCCGACCCCAAGGCGGUCGCAGUUCUGGAUACUGCUUGGAUCCUCAUCGCUGGGCUACCUGAUGUCGCCCGGUCCGAGCGGGUCAUUCACAGUAUGUCCAAGAUCCUGGGCAAGGUGGUGGUGGUAGACGAGCUCUCCCUCCGCAAAGAGGAGGAGGUCCGGGUCAAGGUUAAAUGCCUCGACUCCGACAAGCUCCGUGUCACCGUUCGCGUUUUCUUCAACGACCUGGGAUUCGACCUCAACAUCUCCCCCGAGCCUCCCAACCACGUUGGGCGCCCACGCUUCUCUGAUGAUGGGCACUUUGGAGGUGGGGGCACUGACCGGCGUGACGACUCCCACUACCGCCGGCCACGCCCCUCCUGUCACGAGGAUCCGGACGACGACGAUGAGCUUUCGGGCCACAGCCGCUCCCCCUCGCGCGACCCAACUCCGGCCGUGGGGGAACAGGCGCUGGCUCGGGCCGCUCACAUGGACUGA